AGUCAGAAAAAGGAUUUUAACUGUCAACGUUAGUUUGAUUUUCAUUGUUACUAAAAAGAAAAAGAAAUACAAUAUCAAUCAAAUCAAAGAUGAAGGGACUCAAGAUCAUAACUUCCGUGUUAUUACUCGCUGUUAUUUGCACGGCCAAUGAAUCGGAGGAAAUUUUAAAGGAGUUUGAAAAAUACGAGGCCGAAUGUCGCGAAGAAAAUGGAGUGUUAAAAGAAGAAUCAGAAGAUCAUCUUAAAAAACUUUGCGCUGGUGACGAAUUAGAUAAGAAGGUUGGCUGUUACAUGGCUUGUUUCCACACAAAAAUUGGCGCAUUGAAAGAUGGGGAAAUUUUAACAGAUAGUAUUGAAAAAUCUCUAAUAUCUUUGAUAAAACAUGAAUCCGUAAAGGAUGAAUUAUUAAGCAAGCUGGACACUUGUAAAGCCGAAGCCUCCACGGAAAGCGAUGAUUGCGAUAAAACGGUUGAAUUUACAAAAUGCAUGAUUAAAGGAUCGGAAUUAUGCACACGUAUUCUCAAGAAGGAAUGAAUUAUCAUCUUCUAUAAUUUUUCCGUCGAUACGUUCACAUUAAUUUAAUAAGAUGAACGAUCCAAUGCAUGCUAAAGUAAAUAAUUUGUAAUAGAGUCAGAUAAUACGUAAAUAAAGUAACCAAAUAAAUGAAAGUAGCAAAAA